AUUCCAAAUCCAACAUGUCUGCGCCCAUUAGAUAGAUGUGCGUUUUCGAAAACUUAAUUUUCUGACAGAUUAGACACGUUAAAUAGCAACAUGAAUAUUUCUGCGGGUGAGGAAAAAAUGAUAACCCUCCAAAAACAAAUGAGGGAGAGUCAGGCUGAUCUAGGUGAUUUUCUUCAUGAUCUGGACAAAUGGGAAAGUGACGUAAAGAAAAAGGAUGAAAUGCUAAAGAAAGGGAAGAUUGAAGAACAACCUAGACUCCCGCCUGUGAGAAAUAGUCUGGACAAGAAAAAACGAAAAAAGAAAGUAAAACCUGAAGACCAGAAGAAAAAGAAAGAGAAGAAAAAGCUCAGUGGUUACGACUUCAGGGCCUGGGACAAGCUUGACUAUGACAAACUUUGUGAUGAAGCUGAUGACGAAAAACAAUCCGCAGAAUCCUCUGAGUACGAGACAGACGAAGAAUGGGAGGUUGAAAGGAAAAAGCAACAAGCUCUUCUUGAGAAGGACAGGGGUAAUGAGUUCUUCAAAAAGGAAGAAUAUACAAAUGCAAUAGAGGCCUACAGCCGAGGGAUGCUCCUGGAUGCCUGCAACCCCCUCCUUCCAGCUAACAGGGCCAUGGCACUUCUGAAACAGGACAAGUUUGCUGCGGCAGAGACUGAUUGUCUGACGGCACUAGCACUAGACCCGCUGUAUACCAAGGCUCACCUCAGACUCGGCUCCGCUAGGGUCGGCCUCAAAAAAUAUCACGAAGCCAAGGAAACAUUUCAAAAGGUUCUGCUGUUGGAACCAGAGAACAAGAAGGCCAAGCUAGAAAUUGAGAAGAUAGAUAAGGAGAUACUGAAGGAGAAGAUGGUUAGCCAGGUCCAGCCAGUAGCCACUCCUGAUGCAGGACUGGUCAUGCCCAUCUCCAAAGCACCACAUGAACGAUCUAUGAAGCAGAUGAGGAGAAUCCACAUUGAGGAGGUCGGAAUCGAAGAGGAUUUGGAGAGGCAGUCUGCCAUUCACAAAGUCAAAGAAGGGCAGAGUGAAGUCAAGAAAACAAUCACAGCUAGGGAUGAGGUCAUGUUCGAAAAAUUUACCACAAGUGACCCAUCUUCUAACAAUGAACAGUCUAGUUUCACUAAACCUGUGUCGACCAGUUCUGACAAAGUCAGUAAAACUGUUAUGAUUGAAGAGUUAGCAGAAUCCACUAGUGAACUUUCUAUUGACUUAUCAGAAAAAGUGCAAAAGGAGAAAAUUACUUGUAGUACAUCUCAGAAAAGUAACUCUGUUGAUAGUCCAUCUGAUGGUGGGAGUGAGUCUGUGUCACCAAGAGGCUUACAAACUCCACAAACUUCAUUCCAGUUCCAGUCCGGAUACAAAGUGGUGAAAAAUGACCUUGAACAGUUUUACAUGUAUAUCAAGGGAAUUGAUCCAAACAGUUACAUUAAAUUGUUUGGAGAAGCCCUAGACGCUGAAAUUUUGCUGAAGAUGUUGAUGGUAUUCAAACAGUAUUUUCUCCGAGAUGGUCUCAAUGUGUAUCCUCACUUGUGUCAGCUGUCGGGCGUUAAGAGAUUUGAUAUGACAGUCAUGUUCUUCUCUCGGAAGGAACAACAAGUUAUAAAAGACUUACUGGAGAAUAUCAGGAAGGAAGGACAUGCUGCUGAUGCUGACAUAGAAAAACUGAGGAAGAAGUACCAAGUGAGCUGACCCGCUAGCUAUCAACAUAGUGAUCUACGUCAUCAGCGGAACGUUCUGUGAUAACUGGAAUUGUUUAUGUUUCAAGAGAGAGAACAGAUCAGUUUAUAUUGUGUUACAUUAUAUUGUGUGUUUCAAUUUGUUCUUUAAACAUUCAGUUCAGUGGUUGUAAGUGUCUCACUGGUACGACCAGUCAGGAGGGACUAUAGGUUUGCACUCCAUCACUUGUGUCCAUUUGUCAAUUUGUCUGUUUGUCACUUUGCCACUUUCUUCAGGACUAGUGGGACAUAUGUCAUAUAUACUGUAAACUAGACUGCCAAAUCUUGAGAAAACCUGUAAAUUGCUGUACUGAAAUCUAGUCUUGUGACCCACCAUAUACAGAGUUACGGCCCCUUCUUCCUUGCUCAAUGAUACCCCCAGAACACUAUCAUUACCACUAAAGACUAAUUAUGUUGAUAACAUUUUAGGUAACUACCUUCAAAUGCCAAUUUUUGGGGAUGGUGGAAAGUUAUCUAGCAGUACUGAUAUUCUCAUCGAGUUCCAUGUGCACCAAUUCAUUUACAUACAGAGUUAUAGCCCUUUAUUCACUUUUGAAAUAAUAGAUUUUCAUGGAUUGGGACUAUGAUUUACUUGCAGUUGCCUUGUUUUGUGACUGAAAGUCUUUUUAUAAAGCAUGUAUGGAUAUUUGAACAUGUAGGUGGGGUACAUUGAAAUUAUUAUGUUUUAAACAAGGAAGGUGACAUAAAAUUGAGCUCUGGAGUUUCUCAUUAAAUAAGCAUUAUACAGCUCCGAUAUGUUCGGAGUGAGUAUUUAUAGAUUUACAUUUGACAGUGUGAUUUUCUCAAGUUCAUUUUGAUUGACAACAGGAUAUUAUGCAACUUGUAUUUUGUCAUAAUAAAAGAUACUUACAUUUAUUGGAA